AUGGUUGCGUUGAAAGGAAUUAAAAAGGUUAUGGCUCAGGGUAGCAUUGGUGUCACACCAGGUAUUAAUAGACAACAAGUUUCUCUCCUUGCUCAAAGAUUAGGAGUUCCUGCACCUACAGAGUCUACCACCCAGGGGCUGCCAGGCGUUUCACAAGAAAGAAGCAACAUAGAUCCAACUCAGUCACGUCCCAACCCACCUGCAUUUGUGCAAGGAAUGAUCAAUGAAGCAGACCAGCGCCAGUAUGAAGAGUGGCUCUUACACACACAGCAACUCUUGCAGAUGCAAUUGAAAGUCUUGGAGGAACAAAUUGGGGUUCACCGCAAGUCCCGCAAAGCUCUGUGUGCUAAACAAAGGACUGCGAAGAAAGCAGGACGAGAGUUCCCAGAGGCAGAUGCGGAGAAGCUGAAAUUAGUUACUGAGCAGCAAAGCAAGAUUCAGAAGCAGCUGGACCAGGUGCGGAAACAGCAGAAGGAGCAUACAAAUCUAAUGACAGAGUACCGGAAUAAGCAGCAGCAACAACAACAGAGCUGUGGUGUACUUCCCAGUAGUCCUAACCAGAACUCUCGAGUUCUAACAAAGGCUCCAGGUCAAAUCAUUGCUGGACAUGGUAUGCAGCAAGCAUCUGCCAUGUCACACAACCAGCUUGUUGGACAAGCUGGAGGUCUGCGUGGUCUGCAGACAAAUUUAGCCAUGCAAGCACAGCAUGGAACUUCCUAUGUGAAAUCUGUAUCUCAACAACAUCAAGCUCAAGGAAAUAACCCAGCGCUUCCUGGAACCUCCAGUGGUUUCUACUCAACUGCUCCAAAUCUGCAAGGUCUCACCCCUGAGCAAAGGAUGAUCCAAGAGCGCCAGCUUCAACAGCAAAGAUUACAACUAGCACAGAAGCAGCAGCAGCAGCAACACCAGAAUUUCCCACUGUCUCCACAGAAUAAUUUGUCUCAAGCAAUGUUAGCCAAGCAGCAUGGACUGAUGAGCAAUUCACAUGGGUUGGUGAUACAGCAAAACCCUUCCCAAACGUCACAGACCCUUAUAGGUCAUCCUCAGGCACCUGCUUUACAACAUCACACAGCUCAACAGAGACAGAUGUUGAUUGCACAGCAACGGGUUUUGGGAUCUUCACCAAUUGCUCAGCAACAAAAUAUCGUAGGGCCUCGUCUUGUUUUGUCACAGCCCCAGCAGAACUUAGUUGGCGUGUCUCCUCAUAUGCAGCAGCAAACAGUGCUAAGCCAAGGAGGUAAUACAUUAUCCCAGCAUCCAAAUACAGGACAGAUACAGCCCACAAACCAAAACCUCCCAGGUCAUCCACAAAGUGUUAACACUCAGCAAAUUAUGAAUGCAAAGGAUGUACCUAUGACUGAUGCCUCACUGCUUCAAGAGGGUACACUUGAAACUCAAGGACAGCAACAACAGCGAGCUUCAAGUACAGGCAUUCCAGAUCCUAGUGAGUCACAAACUCAAGAACAGUUAAGCCAGAAUUCUUUGGGAUCCCUGAGCCAAGAAACAGAUUUGCAGCCUUUGGAGUCAUCAGAAGAUAGGCAGCAGAUAAACCAGUCUUCUGAACAGGAGCAGGCUCUGUUCAAUUCAACAAGCCCAUUGCAGCAGUCUGUAAGGCAGCAGCAGAAUGUUAUCCUUUCUCCUCAACAACAAAGCCUUGGGACUCAACUACCAAAUCCUCAACAACCUCUCAGUCAGGAGAACACACACAUGGCUGCUGUAACAUCACAACAAACAAGUGUAAUUCAGAUGCAAAACGUACUAGGACAAAAUCCUGUACAAGGACAGGGAAAUGAACAGGCCAAACCUAAUGUUGGACAGAUCCUCUCUCAACCCUUAGGGCAGCAAAGACCAAAUCUAAGUGGCCAACAGGCUCCUUAUGCUGCUAAUCUGAUGGCUUUGCAGAAUACCCAGCUCAUGGCACAAAUAAGGGCUCAGCUUCAGAGUAUUAUUGCAAAAAAUCCCCAGCUGAGACACUUGACACCCCAACAAUUGCACCAGUUGCAGGCUAUUUUGAUUCAGCGACACCAACAGGCUCAGGCCCAAGCUCUUAGACAAGCUGCACAGCAAGAUAAUAUGCAGUCUGUGGCAUCACAUGCUGUAUUAUCAAAUGGUGCACCUGGUAGUCAGACACCAUCUAGAGGUGUUUUCUCAGGUCAACAAGUUGGAACAGUUGGGACAGAACAGUCAAAUUAUACAGAGGAUAGCACUUCUGUAACUGUACAGAAAUUGGCAGCAGAAAACACUGCUGAAAUGCCACAAGCAAAUGAACUUGAUCAGAGCUCCUUAUUAAAAUCUCCAGGUGUUGUAAGACAUAGUGUUGGUCAGAACCAGGAAUCUGUUGCUGCUCAGCAUGCACAGACGACAACAAGCUUGCGUCACUUGACCCAGCAACCUCCACCUCAAUAUAGAAUGCCUCAGCAGGUAUCUUCUAAUCAGCAGCAGAUACCACAAUAUCCAGUGCAACAGCAAGUACAUCCACUUCAACAACAAAAUCCAGCUCAGCUGCAGCAGACGCAGCAGGUUCAGUCACUUCAGCAAAUACAAGCACAGCCUCAGUCAACGCAAAUGCAGCAACACCAAUUACAGCAAGCCCAACAAAUCCAACAUCAGUUGCAACAAGUGCAGCAAUCCCAACAAUUCAAGCAGCAACAGUUGCAGCAACUUCAGCAAACACAGCUAGUACAGCAUCAGAUGCCACAAGCUCCACCACAGCGUCAGCAAGUGCAAUUGCAGCAUUUACAACAAACGCAUCAAAAUCAGAUUACACAAAUGCAGCAAACUCAGCAGCAAGUACAGCAUCAGGUGCAAGCACAACCACUGCAACAAGUUCAGUCUCCACAGCAAGCACUGCAGCUGCAACAAGCCCAACAGCAGCAUCAGCAGUUGAAGCAAACCCAACAACAGCUUCAACAAUUUCAGCAAAGUCAUCAGCAGACUCAAUCAUCCAUACAAACACCGCAACAAAUUCAGCCAUCACAGCAGGCACAACAAAUCCAACCAGUGUCACAAUCUCAGCAAAUACAACAGAUGAUCCAAACACAGCAGCAGCCACAACAAACAUCACAACAAAUUCAACAGCAGAUUCAGCAGCUACAGCAUCAACUGCAGCAAAUUCAACAAUUGCAAACACAACAACUUCAGCAGUUGCAGCAAGCGCAACAGACACAACCAUUGCAACAGUCACAGCUUCAGCAGCUGCAACAAGCACAUCAGCAACUCCAGCAAUUACAGCAGCAACAACAGCAGCAACUUCAACAGUUGCAGCAAGUUCAACAGCAGCAAAAGCUUCAGCAAUUGCAGCAGGCUCAACAACAGCUGCAGCAGCUCCAGCAAUUGCAGCAAACACAGCAGCAGCAACCAUUGCAACCAACACAGCAACUUCAACAACAGCAAAUUCAACAGUUACAGCAAAACCCACAACAAUUGCAACUGUUACAGCAACAACUCUUGCAACAAGCACAGCAGCAACAGCAAAUACAACUUCAACAAAAACAGCAACAGGUACAACUUGCUCAGCAAACGCAACAGGUUUUAGAUACACAACAGUUGCAGCAAAUGCAGCAAUUACAGCAAACACAACAGCAGCAUCAUAUGCAGAUGAUCCAAACACAGCAACAAAUGUUGCAACAGUCACCACUGCAGCAGGUUAAGCAACAUCUAUUGCCACAUUUGCAACAAACUGCAUCUCCAGCUCAGCAACAUUUGCAAGGGCAACAUAAAACACAGUUGGAAGCAGCUACACUGCAGAGUGAGGGGCAGCAGGAAUUACCUCAGUUGCCACAUGUACUUCAGGUUCCAUUGUCACAGCAAGCAGAAAACAAGCAGCAGGAUGUGCAGCAUCCACAGACAGAUAUUGCACAGCAAGCUGAUCAAAUGCUUCAAUCGCAAAGCAAAGAACCAACUCAACCAGUGGAACAAAAUCUGGUGCUGCAUUUGCCGCAAAGUGAAACGCAGCAAAAUCCGCAAUUACAGGGACAACAUCAGUCACUGUCCUCUUUCCCAGGGUUACCGCAACAGAUUACUGGUCAGCAACAGCAUUUGCAACAUGUCCAGCAUGCACAGCAGCAAAUACAUCAGGCAUCUCAUUUGCAGCAGAAUUCACAGAGUCAAGCAGUGCCACAACUGCAGCAGCAGCCACAGGCUCAGUUGACUGCAGUGUUGCCACAGUUUCAGCACCAGGUGCCACAACAGCAGCAUGUUCAGUCUCCGCAGUUGCAGACACCAAGCAAAAAACACACAGAUACAACUGCAACAACUUCAGAAUAUAAAAGUACAACAGCAGCUCAUACAACAAGCAGGGACACAGAACCCACAACCGAUUCAACAAAUGGGACAAGCACAAAGUCAAAUGCAGCAGUUACAAUUGAAACAGCAAGUUCAUCAUAAACAAGCUAUGCAAUUGCAGCUGCAGCAGGCACAGCUACAGUUAACUCAGCAGCAGUCUCAUGAUGUAAAAAGUCAGUUGCAGCAAACUGUAGUUCAGGUUCAACAGAUACAACAAACACAGCCACAACAGUCUUCUCAAGGUCAGCCCCAUAAUGUUCAACAGUUGAAACAAAUGCAACAACAGAAGUUACAGCAGAUUCAGCAAGUGCAACACAUCCUGCAGCUUAAACAGCAGAUGCUGAAUCAACCACCCCAGAGACAGCUUCAAUUACAGCAGCAGCUCCAAAUGCAUUUACAGCAGCUACGUCAGCAGCAAGCACAGUUACAACUUGAGAGUUUACAGGAGCCAAAGAAAGAGCCUUCUGAUCUCCUUGCUCAGUGUUCAGGAAGCAUAACGCCUCACAGCCAGAGAGUCACAGCAGUUCCCCAGACCAACAUAUUCAGACUUCUCAGCCUUGCACUGACUUGCCCGAAGCAGCAUCCAGCCAAAGCCAAAAUUCAGAAUCUCCACUCUCUAGUACACCAACUGCUAUUCAAGUUGAAACAGCAGUUCAGGUCACUGAUGCACCAGAUAUUAAAUCAACAGAGGUGACUGACUCUGACACUGCUACCAAGGAAUCCAAAGGUACUGGAUCUCCCAAGGAGGUUCUUGGCCAGUCUGGCCCCGAUGACACUGGGGACAUGCCAGUAAAGACAACAUCUCAGGAAGAAAGUAUGGAAACAGAAGAUCAGACCAAGCAAGAAAUUGUUACAAAUCCUCCACAAGAAAAUGGUGAAAGGACGCAGCCACCUAAGCCUCCUAAAGAAGAGUAUGUGGAGGAAGGUGUGUCUGGGAGUCAGGACUUAAAAUGUGAAACAAAUUGUGACCCAGCAUCUGUUGGAGCCAAAGGAGAGGCUGGACAUCUCUUACUGCAGAAACUGCUGCGUGCUAAGACUGUGCAGCUUGCUUCACAGCGCUCCGCAGAAGGCAUUCAUACAGACAUCAAUGGACACAUAGACAGCAAAUUGACAGUUUUGGAGCAGAAGUUACAAGCGACGCCUCGUAAUAAAGACGACCCUUGUGCAAAAAAAGCUGCUGUACCAAAGCCAAAAAGGACACAGAAGACUAAUGAAAAAGUACCAAAUUCUCGUAAAAAGAUAAGGAGAGAAGACAGCUUAAAAUCACCAGAUGCUAUUGUGAAGCAGCUGAAACAGGAGCUUUCUCUAUUGCCACUGAUGGAACCUUCAAUCACAGCAAACUUCAGCCUGUUUGCUCCGUUUGGCAGCAGUAGUCCAGUUGAUGGCAAAAGUCCAUUGAAAGGCACUUUUGGUAGUGGAGCUUUGGAUAGCAUACCAGACUACUACACUCAACUGCUAAGCAAGAAUAACCUCAGCAAUCCCCCUACACCACCUUCAUCGCUGCCUCCAACUCCACCUCCAUCUGUGCAGCAGAAAAUGGUGAACGGUGUAACAGCAGCUGAAGAGCUGACAGAGACUAAGAAGGAACCUGAAAACAGUGUAGAAUCAGAGGUUAAAAAAGGCUCAGAUGAGCGCAAUUUGGACCUUUUGGCUGCCCUUCCCACUCCCCCACACAACCAGAGUGAAGAUGUCAGGAUGGAGAGUGAUGAUGAAGAAAGUGAUUCUCCUGACAGCAUUGUGCCAGCUUCCUCCCCUGAAAGUAUUCUUGGAGAAGACACACAACGGUUCCCUUCAUUGUGUGAGGUGAAAGAAGAGGAGGAAGAACGGGCCUUAUCUCCAGUGAUACCACUAAUUCCUCGUUGUGCCAUACCAGUGUUUCCAGACGUGAAAGAGGCUUUAUCUGCUCCACCAGAGUGCUCUGAUAAGAUAAUGCUGAAUUCUGCUGGAGGAACCAUAUCGUGGGAUAAGGGGAAAGGCAGUGAGGUUUCAGUUAUGCUGACAGUAUCCGCAGCAGCAGCAAAGAAUUUGAAUAGUGUGGUGGCAGCGGUUGCUGGUCUAUUGAGUAUUAAGUUACCAAAUUCCUAUGAAGUGCUUUUCCCAGACAGUGGGCUGAAAACUAAUGUAGAAGUGAAGAAGCCUGCAGAUCCUUCCACAGAAGGUGAAACCACUGAGAAGGACAAAUCUCAGCCUGGAAAACUAGAGAACAGCACUGAUUGGUUGAAGCAACUUGAUGCUGUACUUCCUGGUUACACACUUAAGAGCGAGCUGGAUAUCCUUACUCUUUUGACACAAGAAGAAACGGUUGUGGAAAAGCCAGUAAAUCAUUGUUAUGUUAACAAUGUUUCUAACCUGGAUGUACGUCAACUUCCUGUUUUGCCUGAAGAAACAUCGCCUCCUUUGUCUCCUUUUGUCCCAUCACCUGCAAGUCCUGUGGAGCCUCCUGCUGCUGAACCAGAGCCAGUUCCACCUCCUGCACCAAGUCCUCCGCCGCCACCUCCUCAAUCCCCAGUCACUGGGGAGGAAACAAUGGACGCUAUUAAAAUUAAGCAGCGGGCACGUCCUUUGGAUGAAAGCAUUGAGGAACCACGGCCAAAAAUAAAGAAGUGGAAAGGAGUCCGCUGGAAGAGACUGCAUAUCCUGAUAACCUUCCAGAAAAUUAGUACACGUCAUUGUGAGAAGGAGGUGUGCGAGGUCAUAGAAAGACUAGGCACCACUCUAAAGCCUGACACAUUGCCUCCAGAUCUUCGAAAAUGUUGCUUCUGCCAUGAAGAAGGCGAUGGAGCUACAGAUGGACCAGCACGGCUUUUGAACCUGGAUCUUGAUCUCUGGGUGCACCUUAAUUGUGCUUUGUGGUCUACAGAGGUGUACGAAACACAGGGUGGUGCACUGAUCAAUGUAGAAGUGGCACUGCAUCGUGGAUUGCUUACAAAGUGUUGCCUGUGCCAGAAAACAGGUGCCACAAACAGCUGCAAUCGGAUACGCUGUCCAAAUGUCUAUCACUUUGCCUGUGCCAUACGUGCCAAGUGCAUGUUCUUCAAGGACAAGACCAUGCUUUGUCCAGUGCACAAGUUAAAGGGACCUUGUGAGCAAGAGCUAAGCUGCUUCACGGUCUUCCGAAGGGUGUAUAUUGAGCGAGAUGAAGUGAGUCAGAUUGCGAGCAUUAUUCGGCGUGGUGAUCGUAUCCACAUGUUCAGAGUUGGCGGGCUUGUUUUUCAUGCCAUUGGUCAACUUCUGCCUCAUCAAAUGCAGGACUUCCACAGUGUGACUGCCCUGUACCCAGUGGGAUAUGAGGCAACCCGGAUUUACUGGAGCAUGCGCCAUAGCCAUCGCAGGUGUUCAUAUCGCUGCAGAGUGUGUGACAAUAAUGGACGGCCAGAAUUUUCAGUACAGGUCAUUGAAUAUGGCUAUGAGGAUGUCAUUAUGACAGAUUCUUCUCCGCAGGCUCUCUGGAAUCGUAUUGCAGAACCUGUUGCACGGAUGCGGAGAGAAACUGGAAUGCUGCGCCUUUUUCCUGAAUAUCUGAAAGGAGAAGAGAUGUUUGGACUGACACUACAUGCAGUACUGCGUAUUGCAGAGUCUUUGCCUGGAGUGGAAAACUGUCAAAACUAUCUAUUCCGAUAUGGCCGACAUCCUUUAAUGGAACUGCCUUUAAUGAUCAACCCAACUGGCUGUGCCAGAUCCGAGCCGAAGAUUAUGACCCAUUAUAAAAGGCCGCAUACGUUGAACAGCACUAGCAUGUCCAAAGCCUAUCAGAGCACCUUCACAGGGGAGACGAAUACACCUUACAGCAAGCAGUUUGUGCACUCAAAGUCAUCCCAGUACCGCAGGCUGAAGACUGAAUGGAAAAACAAUGUAUAUUUGGCCCGAUCUAGAAUUCAGGGAUUAGGGCUUUAUGCUGCCAAAGAUCUGGAAAAGCACACUAUGGUGAUAGAAUACAUUGGCACUAUCAUAAGAAAUGAAGUAGCAAACCGUCGUGAGAAGAUCUAUGAAGAACAGAACCGAGGAAAUAUACAUGUUUCGCAUUAAUAAUGAACAUGUAAUUGAUGCUACUUUGACUGGUGGGCCUGCCAGGUACAUCAACCAUUCAUGUGCUCCAAAUUGUGUUGCUGAAGUGGUCACAUUUGACAAAGAAGACAAAAUUAUCAUCAUCUCUAGUCGAAGGAUACCAAAAGGAGAAGAGCUUACAUAUGAUUACCAAUUUGACUUUGAAGAUGAUCAGCACAAGAUCCCAUGUCACUGUGGAGCAUGGAACUGUAGGAAAUGGAUGAAUUGA